AUCCCCUCCCUCUCCAUGGCGGCCUCCGUCUCGCCCGCCGCCUCCCCUCCCCGCCGCCACCGCCACGGCCACGGCCACGGCCACGGCCACGCCCGCCGCGACCACUCUCCGCGUCGCCGCCGUACGUCCCCGUCCCCGUCCGCGUCCCCCUCCCCCUCCGACCGCGACGUCGACCGCCGCCGGGACAGAUCUAGGGCUUCCCCGCGCGAUCACGACCGCCGCCGCGGCCGCGACUCCAAGCCCUCGGAGAGCAACGGGGGAGCACCGAAGCCUAGCGGGGGUGAAGACGGCGACGGCCGCGCCCCUCCCAGGCGCCCUCGGUCCUCCGAUGGGGAGGAGGAGGGCGACCGCCGGAGGAGGCAGUCUGGGGUUUCUGACGACGAGAAGGAGGGCGGCCGCCGCAGGAGGCGCUCUGGGGACUCCGAUGACGAGAGAGGCGACCGCGACCGCCGCCGCAGGCGGGAACGUGACAGCGGGCGCCACCGCCGCCGGAGCCCCAGCUUGGAGUCAGAUUCGUCCUCUGGUGGUGACCGUAGCAGCCGUCGGCACCGCCGUGAUGAGAGCUCCAGGCGGCAGAAAGAUGAGAGGCGCCGGGACAGGGCCAGUCGUGAGGAGCGCCGGAGGAGUCCCGAGAGGAAGGAGCCAACUCCACCACUGCCCCCGCCGCCACCGCUUCUACCGGAGAUGAUACCAGGGCGCACAGGAGGGAUCUACAUCCCGCCUUUCCGCAUGGCACAGAUGAUGAGAGAGGUUGAGGACAAGUCAAGCACUGAGUACCAGCGUCUCAGCUGGGAUGCUCUGAAGAAGAGUAUCAAUGGUCUGGUGAACAAAGUGAAUGCCACCAACAUAAAGAAUAUAGUGCCAGAGCUGUUUGCCGAGAACCUGGUCCGCGGAAGGGGGCUGUUCUGCCAAUCGUGCAUCAAGUCACAGAUGGCUUCACCUGGGUUCACGGAUGUGUUUGCGGCACUUGUCGCGGUUGUAAAUACCAAGUUCCCUGAGAUUGGCCGCCUGCUUCUUGUUCGUGUUGUGCUCCAGCUCAAGAGGGCAUAUAAGCGAAAUGAUAAGCCCCAAUUGCUUGCAGCAACCAAGUUCAUAGCACACUUGGUUAACCAGGUUGUUGCUCAUGAGCUUGUGGCACUGGAGCUUCUUACAGUGUUGCUUGAGAACCCAACUGAUGAUAGUGUUGAGGUAGCAGUGGGGUUUGUUAAAGAAUGUGGGGCAAUGCUGCAAGAUUUAUCUCCACAAGGGCUUCAUGCUAUUUUUGAAAGGUUUCGAGGUAUUCUCCAUGAAGGUGAAAUAGAUAAGCGUGUUCAGUUUCUAAUUGAAGGAUUGUUUGCAAUUAGAAAGGCUAAAUUUCAGGGAUUCCCUGCUAUCCGUCCAGAGUUGGAUCUUGUCGAGCAGGAGGACCAAUUUACUCAUGAGAUUUCCCUUGAAGAUGAGCUAGACCCAGAGACUAAUCUAAAUGUUUUCAGGGCAAACCCCAAUUUUGCUGAAGAUGAGAAGGCAUAUGAGAACCUAAAAAGAAGCAUCCUGGGAGCAGAAUCUUCUGAUGAUGAAGAAGGGUCGGAUGAUGCUUCUGAUGAGGAUGAUGAAGAAUCUGAUGAUGAAGAUGAUGAAGAACAGAUGGAGAUAAGGGAUCAAACUGAAACCAAUCUAAUUAAUCUUCGUAGAACAAUUUAUUUGACAAUCAUGUCCAGUGUUGAUUUUGAAGAAGCUGGUCACAAGCUUCUCAAAAUUAAACUCGAGCCUGGUCAAGAGAUGGAAUUAUGCAUUAUGUUGCUUGAAUGUUGCUCUCAAGAGAGAACCUACCUUCGUUACUAUGGAUUACUAGGGCAACGCUUUUGCAUGAUCAACAAAGUUUACCAAGAAAACUUUGAGAAGUGUUUUGUUCAGCAGUAUUCAAUGAUCCAUCGCCUUGAAACAAAUAAGCUGAGGAAUGUUGCAAAAUUUUUUGCGCAUUUGUUGGGAACCGAUGCACUUCCAUGGCAUGUUCUGGCUUAUAUCCGUUUGACAGAGGAGGACACCACAUCGUCCUCUCGAAUUUUCAUAAAAAUACUGUUCCAGGAGCUGUCAGAGCAUCUGGGUAUCCGUUUACUGAAUGAGAAACUUAAUGAUCCGAACAUGCAGGACUCAUUCGAUUCGAUCUUCCCAAAGGAUCAUCCUAAGAAUACAAGAUUCUCAAUCAAUUUCUUCACUUCCAUAGGUCUAGGUGGCAUCACUGAGACUCUGAGGGAGUAUUUAAAGAAUAUGCCACGACUUAUAAUGCAGCAACAAAGACCAGCAUCGUCUGAGUCUGGAUCGGGCGAUUCAGGAUCUAGUUCGGACAGCUCCAGCUCAGAAUCAGAAUCGAGCUCUGACGAGAGCGACAGGAAGAGAAGCAAGAGGAGGAAGAAGUAGGAGAUGUAUUUGUGUCCAUCUCACUAUGUGCAAUGUCAGAUCUGGAGCUGUGAUGGUGCUUGUUGAAUUGAGGACCCAAUCAUACUCUGAACACAAGAAGCUAGCUGUGAUGAUGUAAGAUAUUGUGCUUCAGACAUUGCAAGUUUUGUAUGUUGAGAGUAUUUUCUUACAGUCUGUAGUUUUGUAACAGUGGUAGCAGCUGACCAGGAAGUGUAUUUUUUUUAUAUUUAAAAUCUAUGGAUAUAAUUGCCAUUCCAUAAAAUUACAAAACACACUCGUAUGUUACGCCCAUGGCUGAGAUUUCACGUGGUU